UUCUGUUGUCCUAAAACUUUUAUUUUAGUAGCUUAGGUCUUAGGCGGCCCUGUAUCUAACAUAAAUAGUAUCACAGUUCCCUCCUCAAAUCCUCGUACAAAUCACAAUUUUCUCACUCUUUCAUUACAAGCUAAAUAUAGUUUCUUCUCCAAUAUCUCUAAUCUACAUUAUCACCAUGAUCCCCAAACCCAUCGUAAUAACAACUAAACUACCCUCAACUUCAAUCACUCCACUCAAAAUAUCAUCCAUUAGAACCGAAGAAAAUCCCCAAACCAACGCACUAAAAACCACCCCAACAACUACCCAAAAAAACCUCGAACUAACCUUAAAAAAUGCAAACGGAACAAAACCUGAAACAAUUCCAGUAACAGCACUAAUAUUCAAUGCAUUCGACAACAUCAUAAACAAUUUCAUAGACCCUCCAAUCAAACCAUCGGUAGAUCCAAGACACGUGUUAUCCCAAAAUUUCGCACCAGUUCUUAACGAACUCUCUCCAACAGAAUGCCAAGUCAUAAAAGGCACACUCCCACCAUCCCUUAACGGCGCUUACAUAAGAAACGGUUCAAACCCACAAUUCCUUCCACGUGGACCCUACCAUCUCUUCGACGGUGACGGCAUGCUUCACGCCGUUAAAAUCUCAAACGGAAAAGCCACACUCAGUAGCCGUUAUGUGAAAACCUACAAAUACAAAAUCGAAAACCAAGCAGGUUACCCACUCAUUCCAAACUUUUUCUCCGGUUUCAACACGCUAAUUGCUACCGCCGCACGUGGCUCCAUAACCGCGGCACGUGUCUUAACCGGUCAAUUCAAUCCAUCUAACGGCAUUGGCACGGCGAACACGAGUUUGGCUCGCUUUGGUAACCGUCUUUUCGCUUUGGGAGAAUCAGAUCUUCCUUAUGAAAUUAAACUAACCUCAAAUGGUGACAUCCAAACACUCGGCCGUUACGAUUUUAACGGCAAACUCCUCAUGAGUAUGACGGCGCAUCCAAAAAUUGACGCCGAUACAGGUGAAUGUUUUGCUUUCCGUUACGGUCUUGUCCCACCUUUUUUAACUUACUUCCGGUUCGAUUCAAACGGAGUUAAAAUUCCCGACGUUCCCGUUUUCUCCAUGACAAAACCUACGUUUCUCCACGAUUUCGCGAUUACUAAAAAAUACGCUGUGUUCGGCGAUAUUCAGAUCGGAAUGAAUCUUCUGGAGAUGUUUUUCGGUGGUUCUCCAAUAGGAUCGGAUCCUUCGAAAAUAUCGAGAAUCGGAAUUCUUCCUCGUUACGCUAACGAUGAGUCGAAGAUGAAGUGGUUAGAUGUUCCUGGUUUUAAUAACCUUCACGCGAUAAAUGCGUGGGAUGAGGAGGAUGGGAAAACGGUGACACUGAUAGCGCCGAAUAUUCUCUCUGUGGAACAUACGAUGGAGAGAUUGGAACUUAUUCAUAUGGUGGUUGAGAAAGUGAGUAUCAACAUUGAAACGGGGAUUGUAACGAGAAAACCUUUAUCGAAGAGGAAUUUGGAUUUAGGAGUGAUAAAUAAUGAGUAUAUAGGGAAAAGAAAUAGGUAUGUAUAUGCGGCGGUUGGGAAUCCAACGCCGAAGUUUGCGGGAGUUGUUAAGAUUGAUGUGUUGAUGGGUGAGGAAGUUGGGUGUAGGAUGUAUGGAGAAGGUUGUUAUGGUGGUGAGCCGUUUUUUGUGGGAAGGGAAGAGGGUAGUGGUGAUGAGGAUGAUGGUUAUUUGGUGAGUUAUAUUCAUGAUGAGAAGAAAGGAGAGUCGAGGUUUAUAGUGAUGGAUGCGAAGACGGCGGAGUUGGAGAUUGUGGCGGAGGUGAAAUUGCCGCGGAGGGUGCCUUAUGGGUUUCAUGGAUUGUUUGUGAAGGAGAGUGACUUGAUCAACGGUGGAAGUUGUUAAAUGCAUGGCAUAGCUGGUUAUUUUGCACGUUCACUAUCAUUAUUUCUUUUUAACGCAAAAUCUAAUAAGUGGCAUUUUAGAGCAUCACUCAAUAUGGGUUCUUUAGAUGGGGUCCACUGUGCCACAUCAUCUUGAAGCAAUUCACUCAUUUUCUACUCCAACGGUGAACUCAACAUGAUUCAAGUUAUACUAUGCCACAUCACCUUAAAUCAAC